GGGACUGGUGAGCUUCUUCUGCCUCCUCCACUCCCCUCCCCUCGCGUGAUCUUCUUGUUCCUCUCCCCAGUCCGUACAGCCGCCGAGAGGAACAAUCCACUCGAAUCCUCCCUCGCUAGCAGCACAAAUCCAGUCCAAUCCAAUGCACCACGGCCCAACCAACCACCAAAUCGAAGCUAACCACGCCGGCCGGAGGGGAAUCGAGGAGGAGAAGGAGGAGGAAGAGUCGGAUCCGGCGAUCGACGGGCCACACGCCGGAGGUGCGGGGCGGAGCCGGAGCGCCCGCAUAGCCGCGGCCUCGGAGCAUCUCGGCGAUUGGUUCUAGCUAGGGUUUCGAUCCAUCAACCGGGCCCCCAAUCCCGGCCAUGGAGCUGCCGCCGCUCAAGCUCAACGUCGCCCGAGGCGAGGAGGACAGGAUCAGCGCACUUCCCGACGAGCUCCUCCUCCGGAUCCUCGAGCGGCUCGGCCUGCGCCGGGCGGUCCGCGCCGGCACGGUCUCCAAGCGGUGGCGGCACCUCCCUCACCAGCUCUCGUUCGUGACACUCGACGUCCGCUGCUUCCGCCGCGCCACGCUGGGCGAAACCAUGGACGCCUUCACGGCCGCUUUGACGUCCGUCUGUGCUCAGCGCAACUGCGAGUGCCAGCGCGGCCGUGUCAUGGCCAUGAAGGCCAUCUGCCUCCGCUUCUUCCUGUCGGCCUCUCAUCUGAGCUCCAUCGGCAGCGCCGUCGAGGAUGUCGUCAGCCAUGGCAAGACCAGACGCCUCGCCUUCCAAGUAUCCCCGCCCCCCGGGGUGAACUCCUUCCCGCAGAUCCCCGAGAUGGGGCAGCAAUUCAUGUCCUUCUCCCGCGCCCACCAGCCGGCCUUCCAGUGCCUCACCAGGCUACGCCUCAAGAGCCUUGCGUUCGGGGACUCUGACGUCGCCGCCCUCAUCGCUGCCUCCGAUAAGCUCGAGCAUCUCAACAUGAACUCCUGCGGACUGGUCGAUCAGCGCCACGUGCUAAAGAUUGACACACCGUGUUCUGUGAUCCAGGAGCUCGAGUUUAAGCGCUUUCAUUGCAAGAGCAUCCACCUCAUCUCCGUCCCCAGGCUCAGGACGGUGCUGUGCCAUUCUUGGCGCUCCAACAACCCUCCGAUGCGCUUUGGCUACGUUCCACAGCUUCGUCAAGUCAACCUCGCCUGUAAGGCCAAGGCGUGGCAGGUGCCAUUCCUGCUCAGCCAGUGCUUCUCAAUGACGAGUGCAAAUAACCUGUUGAAAUUGCAUCUCAAUUUUCGCCACCAAAUGAUAUGGAUUCGGCCGGAACAUCCCAAGCAUCUCACUGCCAUAUUCAGAAAUCUGGCCGAAGUGUCUUUUUCUGGUAUCUUCCCUGAGUGUGAUCUGAGCUGGACCCUAUUUAUCCUCCAAGUUGCACCUGCCCUGCACAAGUUUACAUUAUCUCGAGAGCGGCAUGCAUGUGACAUACCGUCUGAGGACAGUGCCGAGAAGACCAACGUGGUGUGGGAACCAUCCAAGGAUUUGAAGCACCUAAAGUUGAAGUUGCUCCGGAUGUACGGUUUUGAGGAUGAAGACAAGGUGACAAACUACAUAAGGCUAGUCAUGGAGCGAGCUGUGGGGCUGAAGAGAAUCGAGUUGCGUGGUGAAGUCCCAUGCGAGAAAUGCGAUGCCAUUUACCCAAGGAGAUCCCAGGUGGAUAAAGGUCGCAGGCGUCGGAUCAAGGAGCGACUCACACAUGAAUCCUCCUCGAACAUGGGGAUGAUAAUGCUCGUAGCAGCUAUGCCCGCGCGAUAGGGAUCAAACCGUCCCGCUGGUGAACGAUUGCGCCUAACCACCAGAGCUCAUGAGCUUUCGUGUUACGGCACGCCCAGUAAUAAUUUAAUUUCUAGGUACUGAUAGCCUGAGAGUACUUGAUCAGUGUGGACCUCGCGGUGUAGCUAAAUUGUGUGUGCUGCAACCUGGAUGCAUGUUUUUCUUUUGAGUA